AUGCCUGGUGCUGCCGGGGCCACCCUCAACCUCCUUUCCCCGACCUGCCGCACCCAGCUCGGUGACUGGGCGCAUUCCUGGGGUGGGGCAGGGCGGGAUGAGGGGGUGGAGCAGAACAGCAAAUAUAAGACCUUUGGGCGCCUCCUCGCUUCCUGCUGCGCUUGGCUGCUCCGCCGCGACCCCGACAGGGGUCCUCCUUCAUCGGGGUCAUCGUCCUGUCUGUCUGUCUUCCCAGUGCCGCCCUACACCAUCGUCUACUUCCCCGCCAGAGGGCGUUGCGAGGCCCUGCGCAUGCUGCUGGCGGACCAGGGCCAGAGCUGGAAGGAGGAGGUGGUGACCAAAGAGGCCUGGCAGCAGGGCUCGCUCAAGGCCUCCUGUCUGUAUGGGCAGCUCCCCAAGUUCCAGGAUGGAGACCUCACCCUGUACCAGUCCAAUGCCAUUCUGCGUCACCUGGGGCGUUCCCUCGGGCUCUAUGGCAAAGACCAGCGGGAGGCGGCGCUGGUGGACAUGGUCAACGAUGGGGUAGAAGACCAUCGCAAGCGCUGUGGCCACCUCAUCCACCAUAACUAUGAGGAGGGCAAAGCCCAGUAUGUUCAGGAGCUACCCGGACACCUGAAGCCUUUUGAGACCCUGUUGGCCCAGAACCAGGGGGGCCAGGCCUUCAUCGUGGGUGACCAGAUCUCCUUCGCCGACUACAACCUGCUGGACUUGCUGCUGGCCCACCAGGUCCUGGUGCCGGGCUGUCUGGACACCUUCCGCCUGCUCUCGGCCUACGUGGCGCGCCUCAGCGCCCGGCCCAAGCUCAAGGCCUUCCUGGCCUCCCCUGAGCACGUGAACCGCCCCAUCUUUGGCGGCCGCAAGAUAUGAACCCACUUGGCCUCCCCCUGGGACAGGGGCUG